CCCCCCCCCCCCCCCCUCGCUCUCUCUCUCUCUCUCUCUCUCUCUCUUUGUGCCUCAGGUCUCAAUGGUUAAUUGUUUUCAUUCACAGCUCCCAGUUAUUGCUUCUCUCUUUCUUCAUUUACAUUCCUUCCUGUCUUCUUUCCCCGCCUCCUUGUGGGCUCCUGGAGACUUCCAGUAAUUUGCUGUCUACCCUUUCCAGAUCUCUCUCUCUCUCCCUCUUUCUCUCUCCAGGAAGAGAGGAGGAAGUAAAGACGAAGAAGAAGAAGGAGGAGGAGAAGAAGAAAGCAUCUGUUUUUCAUCCAUAGAUGGAUGAAGGGGCCGAUUUUCGGAGCUGGGAUGAGCUAAUACCGGACGCUCUUGGGCUAAUAUUCCGCAAUCUAUCACUCCAGGAGGUACUCACAGUGGUGCCCAGGGUGUGCAGGUCGUGGCGCAAAGUGGUGAUGGGGCCUUAUUGCUGGCUAGAGAUUGACAUUGAGGAAUGGAGUAAUCGGUCCGAGCCUGAGAACAUUGAUCGAAUGCUUCGUAUGCUGAUCACGCGAACCUCGGGUUCGCCGCGGAAGCUCUGUGUUUCUGAGCUGCAGAAUGAUUUCAUUUUCUCCUUCAUCGCAGAGCAUGCCGGUUCCCUUCAGACCUUGCGACUGCCUAGAAGCGAUAUGAGUGAUGCAAUCGUGGAACAGGUUGCUGGCAGACUUAGCACCGUCACUUUCCUAGAUUUGAGCUACUGUGGUAAGAUUGGUGCCCCGGCAUUGAAGGCCAUAGGAAGUAAUUGCAAAUUGCUCGCGGGGCUGCGCAGGAACAUGCAUCCCAUAGACAUGGACGGCAAGGGCUCACAGGCGGACGAGGCUCGUGCCAUCGCUGCCACAAUGCCCAAUCUCAAGCGCCUUGAAAUCGCCUACCUCCUCAUUGACACGGACAGCAUUGUGGAGAUCAUCCGCAGCUGCCAGGAGCUGGAGUUUCUGGACUUGAGAGGCUGCUGGGACGUGAAGCUGGACGACAAGUACAUAAGCGACAAGUUCCCCAAACUGAAGAUCUUGGGGCCUCAGGUCAUCGACCACUACGAGACCAAUAACUGGGACGUCUGCUCGGACUAUACCGAUUCCUUCUACGACACCGACAGCUUCGAUGCACUGUGGGACGAUGACGACGAAAGCCUGGAGCUAAGGUUCUAUGAAGGGUUUGACGAGGAUCCUAGCUAUGGUUGGCCUCCAUCUCCUUGAUCUUUCUCUCUCUCUCUCUACCCUUUCAAGUUGAGUUGUAUUCUCUGUUGCUACUGCCUGUGGCUUUCACUUGGAACUUUUAUGUCCUCCAUGCAUGCAUUGCCUGUAUAUGCUAUGAAGGGAACUUUAUGGUCUGUUUGGUUUGAUUUUCUCAUUGUUUUGAA